GAACACACCCCUUUCCGUAUACGUCACUAUGGCGGGAAGUAGUGGCUAGUUUAUUAAACACAGCAAAAGCAAAAUAACAAAACACGCGUUUCGCUCUUUAUCGGGACCUUAGCGCUGUUACACGUAGUUAAUGCCAAGAUGUCUACUUCAUCUGUGUCUAAGGGGUGCUUUGUUUUCAAGCCAAGUGCCAAGAAGAAGAAGAAGACCACCACGCUCAGCCUGGAGGAUCAUUUCCUUCACGCCUGUGAGGGCGAUGAAAACCGCCAAUUACGGUUCCAACUCUGUCAGGAUCUGUGGGACAAAAUAAAGACCAACACAGAGGCUUUACAGGAAGAACUCAACAGGAACAUCCUGGACAGCUUGCUGGACUUCACGAGGAAGUGCUCUUCCACGCGCCGACACAGCGACUGGGCGUCCCAGAUGAGGGCCAGUGAGAUUCCCACUGCGGCUCUUGUGCUCGGUGUCAAUGUCCCGGACCAUGACAUGACCUUCAAGAGUCUGUCCGACCUGCUCCAGCAGUCCGUCACCCCUCAUGUGGCCUCUGUCCAGGCCAAAGAGUGCGGCGCGUUGAAGCAUUUGAUGAAGAGGGUCCUGGAGAGGUUGAUGGACACGGUUGUGGACGAGGAUGAUGAUGACGACCAUGAGGAGGAGGCUGAGCAGUCCGUGCACUGCUCCCUCGGGACACUCUGUGCUUGGUACAAUGCAAAAACAAAGAAAUCCAAGAUUGCCACUCCUGGAAAAAAGCGUAGUUCUCCUGUCAAAGAUGAUUCGGAGCCUCCGCCGCUUGUGAUUAUCUUCAAAGAUCUCGAGGCUUUCAACCCCAAAGUUCUUCAGGACUUCAUUCUCAUCUGCAGCCGGUACAUCCAGCGUCUUCCGUUGAUGUUCAUCUUUGGUAUCGCCACAUCGCCCAGCACCAUCCAACACAUGCUGCCCCACUCUGUGUCCUCCCUGCUGUGUAUAGAGCUCUUCCAGUCCCUCUCCUGUACACAGCACCUGGCCACAGUCAUUGACAAGUUGAUCCUGACACAUCAGUUCCCCUUUAAGCUCAACGGUAAAGUCAUGCAGGUGCUGAUCAGCAUCUUCCUCUACCACGAUUUUUCAGUGAGAAACUUCAUCAAAGGCAUUCAGCUGGCCCUUCUGGAGCACUUUCACUCUCAGCCUCUCAGUGUGCUGUGCUGUAAAAAGAAGGCCGCUCUGAUGAAUGUGAUGCAGCUCGGUCACCAGGACUUGGAGAGGAUCAGGCAGCUGCAGUCGUUCAAGAGGUAUGUAGAGAAGCAGGAAGCUCAGGAACAAGUGAAUCUGUUCACGGACGACUCUCAUUUAAAGGAGGUGUGUCAGACGUUGAUAAAGGACCUUCGCAAAUAUCACAAGAACUAUUAUCCUAUCCUGAGGUGCCUCCAUACUCUGACCUCGUCAUUGCCUCGUUACCCCCUUGGAAAACAGAUCAGAGAACUUCAUUUAAUAUGUCUGGAAAAAAACAUUUGGGAGAAUGAGGAGUACCAGUCAGCCAUGAAGCUUCUGAAGAUGAUGGCUAAAGAUCAGCUGAUUGGUUUGCUACAGAGGUGUGAGGAGAUUCUGCAGCCUGUCAAGUCAAAGAAGAUGAACAGCACUCUGGUCCAGCUGGUGGACCUACUGGCCAAAUUUAAGCAGCUGGACACACUAGCCGCAGAGCCUCCGCCCAGUGUGGAUGACAGCAUCACCUCUCCAGUGAAAAAUCUUCAGAAGAAAACCGAUCUGUUCCAGCUGCAGAAGGCGCUGCUGGAGAUGAACGAGUCUCGGAGAUCCAAGAAACUGAGUCCGUUCGAGGCUCUGCGAAACGAAGCGCUUGAGUUUAUUGACAGCUUAGUGAAGAGCCACCUCUCUCCCCCGGAGUCUCAGACGCUGAAUGAAGUUUGCUACUACGCUUCUUCUGCCACCGUGAGACGCCACCUCAACGCAGCACCUCGCACCUCCAUUCAGGCUGCACUCAACAGCCCGUACUACUAUCUCCAGAAUGACCGCCUACAGACGGAUGACGGGCUCGUCUCUAACGCUGCUCCGGAUAUCUGCAUCGUGUACAAACUGCAUCUGGAGUGCGGCAGGCUGAUAAACCUGUACGACUGGCUUGAGGCCUUUGCUACUGUGGUUUCUGCUGCCGAGGGUGAUGAACCGGGUUCUGACAGUUUUGGGAAAGUGGAUGAUGUCAGACACGCUCGUUUUAUCCGAGCUGUGUCUGAACUGGAAUUUCUGGGCUUCAUAAAGUCAACAAGACAGAAGACCGAUCACGUGGCUCGACUGUCCUGGGGAGGCUGCUAACCAAGGAACCGCACGUCUCCCUUCAUUGAAGUUCUAAGAAACUUGGAUAUUUUGGACUGUACUUCCUGUUAAUAAAAUAAAUACAAGCAUUGUCAACCGUGCUGUCAAGUCUGUCUCACUGUUAACCAAAACCUCUGUUCAGAUUUUGUAUCUGUGCUGGUUUCACAAGAACCUGCAGUUUAUAACGGUUCCUUAACACUUAUCU